AUGAAUAAAGAUAAUCUUGUUGAACAAAUCUUCUAUACAUCAAAAAAUAUGUGUGGCACAUGGCCAGUUGCAACAUUGACAGAAAUAGCGUUAUUGUGUAAGCAAAUGAGCUUGAAACAAAGAGAUUUAUUCGUUCAACAAUUAUUUACCGGUACACAAUGGCAAGAACUUGAGAAUCAGUCAAAGCUCAAAAUAGCUCAGUUAUUAGUUUCUCUGAAAUCAUUCUUCUACCCAGAUAUUUAUAGCUCGAUACAAACACAACAAGAUUUGAUCCGCGAGGCAGCUAAUACCAUCGAAAAUGGCAAAUUAUCUGACUCUACAAAGAAAGUAAUCCUUUCACUUAUUACAUCUCCCUCACAAAAUAAGUGA